UUCAGGCCGCUGCUCUAAUUCGCUUCCACUGCUAAUGGCGAACUGCUCUGUUGCAGCCCAAACACACUGAUUGCAUAAGAGCCAUUUUAGUACAAAAACAGAUUAAAUCGCUGCGUUUUGUAGCGGAUUAUAACAAUAUUACAGCGGAAACAGCAAGUAAGUCGACUUUGUUAAAUGAGCAACGCCCGGAAUAACCGAGUGAUGAUGGAAGGAGUGGGCGCCCGCGUGAUCCGUGGCCCCGACUGGAAGUGGGGGAAGCAGGACGGAGGAGAGGGACACGUGGGCACGGUCAGGAGCUUCGAAAGCCCGGAAGAGGUGGUGGUGGUGUGGGAUAACGGAACCGCCGCCAACUACCGCUGCUCUGGUGCUUAUGAUGUGCGGAUACUGGAUAGCGCUCCUACAGGUAUCAAGCACGACGGCACCAUGUGCGACACCUGCAGACAGCAGCCAAUCAUCGGCAUCCGCUGGAAAUGCGCCGAGUGCACCAACUACGACCUGUGUACCACCUGUUACCACGGAGACAAACACCAUCUCAGACACAGAUUCUAUCGCAUCACCACGCCGGGCAGUGAGAGGGUGCUUUUGGAAUCACGGCGGAAAUCGAAGAAGAUAACGGCGCGUGGAAUCUUUACCGGCGGCCGAGUGGUCCGGGGAGUGGACUGGCAGUGGGAGGAUCAGGAUGGCGGAAAUGGGAGAAGAGGAAAGGUGACGGAGAUCCAGGACUGGAGUGCAGCGAGUCCCCACAGCGCAGCGUACGUCCUCUGGGACAACGGGGCCAAAAACCUUUACCGUGUCGGGUUCGAGGGCAUGUCGGACCUAAAGUGUGUGCAGGACGCCAAAGGGGGAGCUUUCUACAGAGACCACUGUCCAGUUUUAGGUGAGCAGAACGGAAACAGGAACCCCGGUGGGCUGCAGAUUGGAGACCUGGUCAACAUCGACCUGGAUCUGGAGAUCGUGCAGUCGCUGCAGCACGGUCACGGCGGCUGGACGGACGGCAUGUUCGAGACGCUGACCACCACGGGCACCGUCUGCGGCAUCGACGAGGACCACGACAUCGUCGUUCAGUACCCCAGCGGCAACAGAUGGACGUUCAACCCGGCAGUGCUGACCAAAGCCAACGUGGCACGCAGCAGCGAGGUAGCAGCCGGCGCGGAGGGCGGCAGCUCUCAGUUCACGGUGGGUGAUCUGGUGCAGAUCUGCUACGACAUCGAUCGCAUCAAGCUGCUGCAGAGGGGCCACGGCGAGUGGGCAGAGGCGAUGCUGCCGACUCUGGGGAAAAUGGGCCGGGUGCAGCAGAUCUAUUCAGACAGCGACCUGAAAGUGGAGGUGUGCGGCACUUCCUGGACCUACAACCCCGCCGCCGUUACCAAGGUCGCCCCCGCCGGCUCUGCCGUCACCAACGCUUCGGGAGAACGUCUCUCUCAGCUGCUCAAGAAGCUGUUUGAGACUCAGGAGUCGGGGGACAUCAACGAGGAGCUGGUCAAGGCCGCUGCUAACGGAGACCUGGCUAAAGUGGAGGACAUCCUGAAGAGACCGGACGUGGACGUGAACGGUCAGUGCGCCGGACACACGGCCAUGCAGGCGGCCAGCCAGAACGGCCACGUGGACGUGCUCAAACUGCUCCUCAAACAAAACGUGGACCUGGAGGCGGAGGAUAAAGAUGGAGACCGGGCCGUUCAUCACGCCUCGUUUGGGGACGAGGGCUCGGUCAUCGAGGUCCUGCACCGGGGAGGAGCCGACCUCAACGCCAGGAACAAACGCAGACAGACGCCGCUGCACAUCGCCGUGAACAAGGGUCACCUUCAGGUCGUGAAGACCCUGCUGGACUUCGGGUGCCACCCCAGCCUUCAGGAUUCGGAGGGAGACACGCCCCUGCACGACGCCAUCAGCAAGAAGAGAGACGACAUGCUGUCCGUUCUGCUGGAGGCCGGAGCCGACGUCACCAUCACCAACAACAACGGCUUUAACGCCCUGCACCACGCCGCGCUGCGCGGGAAUCCCAGCGCCAUGCGAGUGCUGCUAUCCAAGCUGCCGCGGCCGUGGAUCGUGGACGAGAAGAAAGACGACGGCUACACCGCCCUUCACCUGGCGGCUCUCAACAAUCACGUGGAGGUGGCCGAGCUGCUGGUCCACCAGGGAAGCGCCAGCCUGGACAUUCAGAACGUCAACCAGCAGACGGCGCUGCACUUGGCCGUGGAGCGGCAGCACACGCAGAUCGUCCGGCUGCUGGUGAGAGCCGAGGCCAAGCUGGACGUGCAGGACAAGGACGGGGACACGCCCCUGCACGAAGCCCUGCGCCACCACACCCUGUCCCAGCUCCGCCAGCUCCAGGACAUGCAGGACGUCAGCAAGGUGGAGCCCUGGGAGCCCUCCAAAAACACGCUGAUUAUGGGACUCGGCACUCAGGGAGCGGAGAAGAAGAGCGCCGCCUCCAUCGCCUGCUUCCUGGCUGCUAACGGCGCCGACCUGACCAUCCGCAACAAAAAGGGCCAGUCCCCGCUUGACCUGUGCCCCGACCCGAGCCUCUGCAAAGCCCUCGCCAAGUGCCACAAAGAGAAAAGCAGUGGGCAGGUGGGAUCUCGCAGCCCGUCUCUAAACAGCAACAACGAGACUCUGGAGGAGUGCAUGGUGUGCUCGGACCUGAAGCGGGACACCCUGUUCGGACCGUGCGGCCACAUCGCUACCUGCUCGCUCUGCUCACCGCGAGUCAAGAAGUGUCUCAUCUGUAAAGAGCAGGUCCAGUCCAGGACCAAGAUUGAGGAGUGUGUGGUUUGCUCAGAUAAGAAAGCAGCCGUCCUCUUCCAGCCCUGCGGCCACAUGUGCGCAUGUGAAAACUGCGCCAGCCUGAUGAAGAAGUGCGUGCAGUGCCGAUCCGUGGUGGAGCGGCGCACUCCGUUCGUCCAGUGCUGCGGAGGGAAAGGUAUGGAGGAUGCCACUGAUGAUGAGGACCUUACAGGGUGCUCUAACUCAGUGGCAGGAGGAUCGCAGGAUCUUCUCCAGCCCAACAAUCUGGUGAUAAGUUGGUCUAGUGGAAACAUCCCAGUGCUACAGAGAGACAAGGACAACACUAACAUCAACGCAGACGUCCAGAAGCUCCAGCAGCAGCUGCAGGACAUCAAAGAGCAGACCAUGUGCCCGGUGUGUCUAGAUCGGCUGAAGAACAUGAUCUUCAUGUGCGGCCACGGCACGUGCCAGCUGUGCGGCGACCGCAUGAGCGAGUGUCCCAUCUGCCGCAAGGCCAUCGAGAGACGGAUCCUCCUCUACUAGAGCUCCGGGUCUCCAUUUCGGCCCGGAAAUCCUCCGACCGUCACCGGAGCGCCAGCUCCACCAGCUAAGCUACAAGUCGUCGUGCGUCAGUGUUACAUUCUUCAUUAUUAGUUUUAUUCAACCAGCCAUCUGGACUUAAUGUGUUUAUCCUGGACCUAAAGUUAUUUUUUCAUUUCUGUUCCAUUUCAUUUGUGCUCAUGCAACAAAGCUCAUUACAUAGUGGACGUGGAAACCACUGAUGGAUUUGCUCUGCUUUAUUUUCUAUUUUUUUACCUUCUUGGUCUAAAGACCAUUUUAACACCACAACCCCAAGUCUUUGCCCUCUACAAAAAAAUAGAAGCAUAAAAAUAGACUCUCUGCUCUGUGAUUCAGAUUCUGUUCUGUGGAGGCUUUUCACUGUCAGUCAGUUCACACCUACAAGCUGCAAAACGCGCACACUGUUAUAGUCUUAUCAGAUUCUUGGUUCUCUCUUAGGGUCCGGUCACGUUUGAAACCUGCCUUCGAGACGUCUUGAUACGACUGAAACUGAUUUUAGCUGGUUUGUUAACCACGUUAUCACUGUGGUUCAGAUUUGCAAUGACUUUUAUUUUUACCAUUUUUUUAUUACUAGUUUUAAUUGUAAAGCUUCAUACAUACAAUUUAACCUCCCAAAUGAACCUUGGGAACCAAAUCACCUGACUGACACGUUUUCAUGCAAUUCUGAAAUUCAGGAUCAAUUGUGUAACGAUGCAAAGCUCAGCUCAUUCAGCGCUGGUUUCUUUGGCAAAAUUCUAGACGUUGGCAUUAAAAACACAAUUCAAAUACAUGUGAUGUAAAUAGCGAGCAGAAUUUUUCAUAAAAAAGCCUGGUGUGACCGGAACUUCAUGAGAAUCCAUGCGUGAGCCUCCUGCUCAUGAUUCCUGGUAACAUUAAUACACAUCUAUAUUCAUAACAAACAGCAGAUUCAUAUUAAUGCUUUUUUCUAACUGAUGCACAAAUUGUGCUUGUGAGCACUGAUCCAAUACUGAACUUCAAUAAAAACAAACAUUUGACGGGUGGUACAGCGGUCUAACACGCUAGCACACCACUAUGGAGCUCUCACCAGAGCUCUACCGACCUUACCAGGCAUCCACAUAAACACAGUUACUGCUGCCACUGUGAUAUGCGAUCUCCGGGACUGGUCUGGAAAGCCUGUGCGGGGUGGGGGGCAUCAUAUGGAGCGUAGCUGUACACAAAAUGGCUCAGUGAGGUAAUAUAACACUGGCAGGUGAUAAGAAGUGGUUUAUUUCAGUUAUUAUUCCUGUCGACAUAAAAUACUGGGAGAUGAUUUAUUUAGAUCUGAUAAUUAGACGUUUCUGAUCUAAAUGAUCACUGAUGUUACACAGAAUGUAAACAUGAUUCUUCUCUUCCAGAAUUUAAUGUACAAAAGGACAAAUAUAAUGAUUGUAGGGCUACAUGUAAUAAAAAUCAUAUAAAUAUUGAGACUUUGACUUCCAACCUGGAAAAAACAAUAAAAACUGGAACAUUGCUUUAAAAAUAUUAAAUAUUAAACGCUAAUAUGUUUGUUAAUAGCUGUAUAAGGGGUAAAAUGAGAAGUUUUCCUUUUAUUUCACGUCUGUGGUGUUUUUUUCCUGUCGUAGUUUUAAGAUGCUUCACCUCACCACCCCAAACUGAUGCUCAGUAUCGGAUCAGUGAAUCUCUGCUUAAUCAUCAUUAUAUAGAUUCUUAAUCUUGUUAUUAAAACUGCCUGAGAUCUUUGUGCUGCCAUGUAGAUGAAAUAAUCUCUAGUGAAUAUAUUUUUAAAAGACACAGAUGAUUUUAGCAUUUAGCCCUUUAGCAUUAUAGUAGUUAACCCUGCUGGCUUCAUUUACACACCAGCUUUACUGCAGUAUCAGUAUCAGCACACAGGAGUUUUGUUCUCAAAAUUGAGCUUUAAGACUUUUAUACGUUGGGUUGAAUUGAAUUUAAGGGAAUUUACUUUUCCUAGCGUCCUGCCAUGUGAAUAAAAAGUCAAAUUAAUCAACCGUGUGGUUCCAAUCGGUCGUUUUACUUUUUUUAAUCCACGGACUGAAAGCGGGUGGGGUCUGAAUUUAAUACACCGCCAUGAAAUGCUAAAUCAGACAUUUUUUGUGUUUGUUAAGUAGAUAAGUAUGUUUCUUUCACUCAGAAUCCACAAUCAUGCUUUUUAAAUCAAUUAUAUCGCGGUUUUGGUUUUAAGCUACAAACUUUUUAUGUUUUUGCGCCUGUUAAUUCAGUAGCAUGUUUUUUUCGCACCGCUAUUCGGUAAAAACAAUUCCGUUCUUCAUUACCAACAGUGUUUAAAUCACUACGUUUAUUGAGCUAUAGAGCAGAUUCUGUAUAUAUGAUGUUCCAGCUUGGCUUCUAAUUAACGCGAAAUGUUUUAAUGAGAGGAAAUAGAAGCUUUAUACUUUUGCUUUUAAACAUUUUUUAAAUGUACCGUUUUUCCCCAGUGAACGUGUUAACAUUCAUGCUUAGAUGCACUAAUGUACUUUAUGCUAGUAUUGUACUGUCCUGUUUCUUCAAAGCUCUAUUUUGUACCUUAUUUUCAGUACGUAAAACACUAUCCAGGUUUUAAAAUAAUAAUAAUAAUAAUGUUUAGUGUUUAAACGCAGUAGCACAUUUAUCACGGAGAAACGUCCGUUCACUCUGUAUUGCUGUAAGUGCUUUAAACGAUACACUGCAGAUCUGAUAAAACAAUAAAUGUGCUCUUUAUCAUCAAA